GAUGAGAUCAAGAUUUGAGAUGCCGCAUAUGAUUCGUACUCUAUACAUACCAGCGAACGACGAAAUGCCAGCACGACAGACUGGCCAGUCUCAUCUUCUUCGCACUCACUACGCUGCUUGGCCUUCCCACCAGUCCCCAGGAUCACAUAUACCCAGCUUGGUGCAGCUACCAUGACUGUGACACCCCCGCCACCUCACUCUGUUGUUCUUCUGCAGGCCCCCGCGGGGAAUUUUGCUCGCCUGUUUCCAGUUCGCCAUAUCAUCUUCGAUCAAUUAGUCCUUGAAGAUCCAAGGCAAUACUGUACCCUUUCAAGGUCGACAUACAAAGUCGCUAUACACUUACUCCCACGCAAACUCACCAUCACGAAUAACAACUAUCAAAAGGUUUUACCUGGCCUGGCAAGCAAGAGCGGCCGUGAGCGCCUGGCGUUGAUUCAUUUCGAACACCUCAUUUUAGCGACCACCAAUCUUGAACUCCUCAAGUCUCUCCAGCUUGAAACCGAUUGCCCCGUUUUUGCUCGGGUGUCCCAAUUGGAAUUCGUCGAAAAAUUCCCCUGGGGUAGACUUGGCGACAUCCACUACGAACUAGGUACGGAGAACAUCGAAGACAUCCUCGCUCGCCAUAUUCCCGCAAAGGUGUUUAUUAUCAAUAUCAGAAAUCCCAUCACGCAGGGUUAUGGCUACGGUCCGGCUCUUGAUAGGAUAUCAAUGCUCUUAGCAGCAUUCGUUCGUGCUCGUGGCAGCUGUUCCUCCGAGGGGCCACCCGUGGUCUUUGAAUUGUGCUUCAGAUGCAAACACCGUGUGACGGGUUGGUCAGAGAGGAGAGCAAAGGCGGAGAUACGAGCGCCAAGAAUGGGUCAAAUGGAUGAAAUAGUGCUGCGAAAAUGGGUGUCGUUGAUGAUCGCCUCACCGUCCGAGGAGAUUUUGAGAGAAAGUCUCGAAACGUGCACGAUACCGUAUACGGAUGAUUAUCCAGCCAAUUGGAGCAUGGACACAAAGUAUCGGAUAACCCUGCAAUAAAAGGUUUGAUAAGCAUGUUGGAGGAGAAGGGGGACAUCGCCAUUGAGGUCGGUCUCCUCAGACAGGUCGAUCCAGUAUCAAUCAUCAAACAUUUCCUGUCUUGACAUGAAAUGCGUAGGGGGCCAGAUGAUGGAAAUUGGGAACCUUUAUGAGUCUCAUGAAAAAAGUCCAGUACAUAGAAGCACGAUGGGCCCCAAGAAAGUGACGGGCAGAGGAGUGGUAGUGAAGAAAAGAGAAAGACGGCGGGGAGAUGAGGUGUCAGGAAAAUAAGAUGAAGGUAUCUUAAUUGAGAGAAGAAACAAUUCAAAGAUAUACAAGAUGUAGUUCUAGAAGAAUUUGCAUUCAAAGCAC